CAUGAAUCCUUUCCACAUCCGCCAUUUUGACAUACGGUACUUUUCGAGAGUGUUGGUUUUAUGUUUUAUCGUUUCUCGUGAAAAUAAUCUUUUUUACUGAAACGUAAGUAACGCAAGUGGCGUAUAUGUGCAACGUGGCAUUACCAGAGAGCUCGAUAGUAAGAGCAAGUCUCUAGAUAAUGGAUCUUUGAGCGAGUACCUCAGACGAUUCGCUGGGGAGUAGGUCGAAGGUGACAGACAACCGGGUGUACGCAGUGGCUUCUCAAACCGCAUAAUAUCUUCCGCCUCGCUUGCAGUAUCACACUCCACUGGCCUUUUAAAUAGUACGAUCACCUUUUAAAAGUGCGUAGAUCGUCGGCAAAGCAGUCUAUUGUGAUCCUCGAGGGUCCUGACAUAACUAGUAGCAAUCAUGGGGAAUAUGUUUGCAACGUUAUUCAAAGGCCUCUUUGGCAAAAAGGAAAUGAGGAUUUUGAUGGUGGGUCUCGAUGCAGCGGGCAAAACCACAAUUCUGUACAAAUUAAAAUUAGGGGAAAUUGUCACUACAAUUCCCACUAUAGGUUUCAAUGUAGAAACAGUCGAGUAUAAGAAUAUAAGUUUCACUGUAUGGGAUGUGGGUGGUCAAGACAAAAUCAGACCUCUAUGGCGGCAUUAUUUUCAGAAUACGCAAGGAUUGAUAUUCGUCGUUGAUAGUAAUGAUAGGGAACGUAUCGGCGAAGCACGCGAGGAGUUGAUGAGAAUGUUAGCGGAAGAUGAACUCAGAGAUGCGGUACUUCUCAUAUUUGCAAAUAAACAAGAUCUGCCAAAUGCAAUGAACGCAGCGGAGAUCACUGAUAAGCUGGGGUUGCAUUCUCUACGUAAUCGCAAUUGGUACAUUCAAGCAACGUGUGCCACAAGCGGGGACGGACUUUACGAGGGCCUCGAUUGGCUCUCUAAUCAGCUGAAAAAUGCCAACCGCUAAUCGGAAAAUUAUUCUGUCAACAUUCAGUUGCUAUAUUAACAUCAUACAAAAGAAAAAAAAACAGCUGCACACCUGUCCCCCCAUAGGAACGAGUAACAUUAAAAGAAACAAUGCGAACUCCACAGGGUCUCGAGAGCCUCGGAGAGUAGAAGGAUUAUCAUUGAAAGUUAUCUCUGCGCUAGCAAGUUUUUUUUUGGGGGGGGGGAGUGGGCAAGCGGCCGCAAGUACACGAUCGAACGGCCACACAGGACUAUUGCCUUGUGCGCAACUUAUUAUUAUAAUUAUUAUUAUUACAUUAGCAUUAUAUAGUUACACUUUUUACACAGAGAUGCCACAAGAACGUGGAAAAACUUGAAGUAAUUAUAUUAAAGUACCUAACUCUGAAACAUACGAUACACAUUGAUUAACAAAUUAUUAUUUAAACGAUACCUUUGAUGAGAACAUUUAAGAACACUUUAAGAGAAAGAAAAGGAAAAAAACAGAAAAGAGUAAAGUACUCACAGCGUUGUCAGUUUGAAUGUGUUGGACAUACCGAUUAUCAUAAUGUAGCUGCAUAUUGUACAUUACAUUAUAUAAAUACGAUAAAAUGUGAUCAAUAGAGACGAGAGAAUGUUGCUCUGUCCACUACAUUUAUAAAACUAAGCUCUCACUUCGGCCCACAAUGCGGUUGAUACGAAAAUGCAGAAAGUGAUUGCAACGAAAGACGGUGCAAUGACUUAGUAUUUCUAGUUACGAAAGUUGGUUUCUAUUUUUUUAAGUUUUCGGCGAUAGACUUUGAAAAAAACGCAAACGAUACGGAUGGUUAUCUCGCUAAUUAUUAGCGGCAGGUGUGCAUCCUCCUCCUUUACCUGCCCGCCAUUCAACUCAUAGUUAUUCAACCAUGUAUGUCUCACUAUAAACGAGAUGUAUCAUUUAUUUAUUGCACCUUUUGAUAAGGAUAAAUUAGAGUAUAUCCUUAACAUUCCGAAAUUGCGCAGUGAACGCAGAGAAAAAUUCAGCGAAAAUUUAAAGAAAUUUAGAAACGUGCACGAUUCGUCGAAUUGUUCGUGAAGAGAAAAUAUGUCACACAGUUAUUCAAAAAAGCUAGUGCUUUUACCGGCGUGGGGUUUUCACGCGAACAAUUCCGACGCUAAUUCGCGGUCUUUCCUAACGUUUUUCCCGUACUUUAGAUACCGAUUCUUUUUAAGAGAGAUACUCCUUCCCCUUAAUUUCAUUCAAUCGUCUUUUCGUCAUAAGCGAAAAUUCAUAUAAUUAUGUAUGAAUGUUUAAACAAUUUGUGAAAUAUAUUGUAAUUGUGCUUUA